CCCAAGACGAGUCACGCACGACUCUUGGACAUUAACAUUUCAAACUUACAGUGCAAUCUUUUUAUUCCUGAGACGUGCAGAUACAGCUAACGUUAGCUAUAUGCAACAAAGACAACCAGCAAACUGUCAUUUCAGACUGUCUUUACGUAGUGCACCCGAUAACCAUGGAUACAUUUUUAAAAAGCUGUCGCAAUGUUCUGAAGGGGAACGCAGAGGGCAGCCCAGGGUUCCAUGUGGUCCUGGGGAACGAGGCCUGUGACCUGGACUCCAUGGUGUCAGCUCUGGCCUACGCAUACUUCCUGUCCAAGACACUUGAUUCUGGGAAAAUUCCUCUUCCCGUUCUGAACAUUCCCCGGCAAGAGUUCCCGCUGCGCACGGACAAUGCCUUCCUGCUGAGAGAGAGUGGCCUCUCCCAGGAUGACCUGGUGUUCCGGGACGAGGUGGACCUGGGGAGUCUACACCGGGCCGGCCGGCUGGACCUCACACUGGUGGACCACAACGUGCUGCCCAGCUCUGACCAUGAUCUAGAGGAGGCGGUGUUGGAGGUGAUCGACCAUCACCUCCUGGAGAGGAAGCCCUCACCCUCCUGUCCCGUUACCGUGGAGACGGUGGGCUCCUGCACCACCCUGGUGACAGAACGGAUCAUCCAGAAAGCCCCUGAAGUCCUCGACCAACAGGUGGCCCAGCUCUUAUAUGGCACCAUAGUGUUAGACUGUGUGAACAUGGCCCCAGAGGCAGGGAAAGUCACCCCUAAAGACAGCCAGUACGCUGUCCUCCUGGAGACGCACUUCCCCAACCUGCCACCAAGGGGCGUCCUCUUCCAGUCCUUGCAGAAUGCUAAAUUUGACGUGUCAGGUCUCACCACAGAACAGAUGCUACUGAAAGACAUGAAGGUGGCAUCGGAAGGAGAUUUAAAACUGGCAGUCAGUGUGAUAUAUAUGACACUGGAGGCUUUUCUACAGAGACAAAGCUUACAGCAAGAGCUCUGUGAGUUCUGCCACAAGCACAGCUACAACCUGGUGGUGGCCAUGACGAUCUCCUUCAACGAUAACAAGGAGCCCUUCAGGCAGCUGGCCGUCUACAGCUCCAGCACCCUCUACAGGGGGGAGAUGAGCCAAGCCUUGGAGCAAGCCCGGAGCCCCAGUCUGAGCCUGAGUCCAAUGAGCAGCCCUUACUCGGACAUCAGGGCUUAUCUCCAGGGCAACACGUUGGCUUCCAGGAAGAAGGUGCUGCCCAUCAUCAAGGACUUCCUGAGGGACAGGGAGCGAAGAGAGGUGUAUUGUGGGAACCUAGAGGAGAGCUACGAGGCACCACGGCAACGAGCGUGCACUGAGGACGUUGGGAUAGAGGAGGACUCCUACUUCCCCCCCACCCCUAUGAACAGUCUGGUGGAGGGCUGUCCCCUUGACAACGGGCUGCCCAAGAUCAGCGCUGAAGCUCUGACGGAGAAGUUCAGCAAGAUGGCCAGCGAAGAGGAGAACGCAGGGGGACACUGAUGUCACUCACACUCCUGGUGGUCAGCGGAGCACCCAAGCUCACUAACCUGUAUAACAGCUGGAUGGCCAGAGAGUUCUCGUAACAGGAUUCAGACCAGUCAGUACAGAUUGUUUGUGACUGUGCAGGGUGUUAAGGUAGGCACAACAUUGAUCCGCUGGGACGAGGACUGGGAGUCACACUGUUCCCAAUACAGAGGAGUAAACAAUCCACUGGCAAUCAUAUUGGAGAUGAUGGAAAUGUAUUGAAAAUAUUAGCGGUCCAAGGCACUGCAUCUCAGUGCUAGAGGCAUCACUACAGACCCUGGUUCGAUUCCAGGCUGUAUCACAACUGGCCGU